CAAUAAGCCAUAAGUAGAAAGACAAGUUUUAGUUUUGGUCCAGUCGACGGAGAACAGCAGCUGCGCGCUCAGAUUACGCAGAUUACGCAAAAGUAUGAAGAAAGCGCUGCUCCUUGUGUUGACGCUGUGCGUCCUGCUGACGCUCUGCAACUGUGCGCCUGCAGAGCAAAAGGAUUCUCCUAAGGAAGCACAAUCCGCGUUUGUGCCUGUAUUCGAUGAAAUAGUCGUUGAAUCUUCCCUUACUGUGCGCAGAAAAAACGACGCAAGUCGACAAGGCCGUAAUAAAAACCCUGCUAAAGUUGCUACAGUAACACCAACAACUGAAACAGCAGCAAAAGUUAAAAGACAAUCAGGAUUUAAUCGUUUUCCAGGUUUUAAAAAGCCGCCAUCUUGGAAUGGUUUCAGCGGAAGUGUCGCCGACGCUCACGCACAAUCCAAUAACGUAAACGGCCCUCUUGGCUCUUUUGGUUCCUCAGCUACACAUACACAAAAUCAAGCAUUCAAUUUCGGCCCGAAUGGUGCUUCUGCUUCCGCUGGUCUAGCAGCCACGCAACAUUAUUAUUUCCCUAACGGAAUGAAAAUCGACGUUAACUUUUCCGGCGGUACCGCCGCUAUUAACGGCCGCAAUUCCGACUCGUCCGCAUCAUCCAUCACCGUCACGCAUCCAAAAGGCACAAAACGCGUUUACACUUAAUUAUAAUAAUAAAUUCUGUCUAUUUUUAUAAAUAAAUAACAAAUAAAGCGAUUUAUAUGCA